AGUACCGGGUCCCAACAGAUUCCAAUGCAAAAUACAGUCUGUUUGAUAAAAUGUGCUCUGAGAGAGAUAGAUACUGGUUCCCAUUUAUAACUUAUUAUGUUGUCAUUACUCUAGGGUGAGCCAAGCCCACGCAGAAAACGAGCGAGGAGUGCUUCUGUGACGCGCGACUCAGAAACGGCACAGCAGUCAAAGGGUGAGCCAGCUCCCGGAACAUCCCAUCAGGAGCAAGCAAUUGAAGAAAUCUUUAUGUCGAGAAGUGGUGACAUUACAUGGUCUUCUUACCCAUCAAAGGAGCCACCCCGCCAUGAUUCCAAAGUGCUAACAAUGCGAACAGGGCCGACUAGAAUAUCAGUCGCCCAUGUCCACGACAUCAGGUCUGCUUUUCAUCUCCUAAUGCCAGAUUCCAUCCUCCAAAUAGUCCUGGACUGCACAAAUUUAGAAGGUAGGCGUGUUCAUAAAGAGAAAUGGAAGGUUAUGGACAUGACCCUUUUAUAUGCCUACCUUGGUCUGCUUUACCUUGCUGGAGUCUUCAGAUCUAAAGGAGAAUCACUGCAGUCCCUGUGGGCUGCUGAAACCGGAAGAGAAAUAUUCCGGGCAACAAUGUCCUUGAACACAUUCCAAGUAAUUUCAAGGACUAUACGUUUUGAUGACCGAGACAAGAGACUAGCUCAACAGCGGAAAGACAAGCUUGCACCCAUCAGGACGGUGUGGGACAAGUGGGUGCAACGCCUCCCCCUGUUUUACAACCCUGGGCCUAACGUCACCAUCGAUGAACAGCUGAUGCCAUUUAGGGGCCACUGCCCCUUCAGGCAGUAUAUGCCCUCGAAACCUGCUAAGUAUGGCAUCAAGAUCUGGGCUGCCUGCGAUGCCGCUACCUCAUACGCUUGGAACUUACAAGUAUACACAGGGAAACUUGAGGGAGGAGUCUCAGAGCGUAAUCAAGGGAUGAGAGUUGUCCUGGACCUGUCUCAGAAUCUCAAGGGACACAACAUUACUUGCGACAACUUCUUCACGUCGUACAAGCUGGGACAGGAGCUCCUGAAGAGGAAGCUGACCAUGGUGGGAACGAUCCGCAAGAACAAGCCAGAGCUCCCACCGCAACUGUUGGAAACAAAGGGCAGACCUCUAUAUUCAUCCAGGUUCUUAUACACGGCUGACACGUCCCUGGUGUCCUAUGUGCCAAAGAAGGACAAGAAUGUUGUAUUGAUGAGCACACUGCACAGGGAUGGCAAAAUCUGUGGCCAAAAACCAGAGAUCAUAAUGCACUACAAUGCCACAAAAGGUGGGGUGGACAACCUGGACAAGCUGGUGACUGCCUACAGCUGUAAAAGAAGGACACUACGCUGGCCACUGGUCCUCUUCUUUGACAUGUUAGACAUCUCGGCAUACAACGCAUUUGUUGUUUGGACGGCACUCGACCCACUCUGGAACCAGAAGAAGCUCGAGAAAAGACGGGUUUUCCUGGAGGAACUGGGUAAGGCCCUGGUGACACCUCACAUGCAGACAAGACAGCGUCUUCCAAGAACAUCAGCGUCUUUAGCCAUCUUGAGGAGGAUUCAGAAGGAGGAGGAGGAGGAGGAUGCUGGCCCAUUCACCAGAAGCCCAUCCACCAAAAGCCCAUCCACCAGAAGCCCAUCCACCAAAAGCCCAUCCACCAGAAGCCCAUCCACC